CCGCCAUCUCCCGGCCCUUCCCCUUGGGCCGCCCAUGGCGGGCGGGGUGAGGACCCUACGGCUGCGGGCGGGCCGUGGGGCCGCGGUGCCCGCCGACCUGCAGCGCCAUGGGGCGGGCGGCGGCGCCGCGCUCCCGGCUGUGGGGGCUGCUGGUGCUGCUGUGCGCGGCGGCGGCGGCGGCGGCCCCCCCCGGGACGGCCCCCCCCGGGACGGCCCCGCUGCGGUGUAACGUGAGCCUGGACAGCCCCGCCGAGGAGCGGUGGCUGCCGCUGCUGCGGCAUUUCGAUCCCGUUUUUCUGCGCACCGCCGUCGUACGGGUCAUCGAUCAAAGGGUACCAAAAUGGGUCCACAAAGUCAUUCAGCCGAUAGCGGCGGAACUGGAAUUCUUUAUGCCGCAACCCUUCGCGGGGGAAAUACGGGGACUGUGCAAAGCCUUGGGAAUAAGUCUUGGAGAUGGAGUCCUGCUUAACUUCGCCUAUGAAUCUACUGCGUUCUGUACUAGUAUUAUUGCUCAGGAUGACAAAGGAAACUUUUACCAUGGUCGGAACCUGGAUUACGAUUUUGUCGAUAUAUUAAGCAAGAUUACAAUUGAUGUGCAGUUUAUAAAAAGUGGGCAGGUAGCAUAUCAAGGCACCACAUUUUUUGGUUACGUAGGCUUAUGGACUGGACAAAGUCCACACAAGUUCACGAUCUCCGGUGAUGAACGAGCGGGUGGUGGAUGGUGGGAAAAUGCAAUAGCUGCUUUUCUGACUCGGAAUUACCCCGUCAGCUGGCUUGUCCGAGACACCCUGAGCAGAGCAGAAGACUUUCAGUCAGCCGUUAUCAGACUAGCAAGCGUUCCCAUCAUUGCUGAAGUUUACUAUAUCGUAGGAGGGGUGUCACCCAAAGAAGGCAUGGUCAUAACGAGGAAUAGAAGAGGGCCUGCAGAUCUCUGGCCUCUCGAUACUUUAGGUGGAGCGUGGUUUCGUGUGGAGACAAACUAUGACCAUUGGAAUCCUCCUCCUCCUUUUGACGAUCGAAGAACUCCAGCCAUCAAAGCUCUCAAUGCUACUGGACAGCAUAACAUCAAUUUUGAUACGCUUUUUAAGGUGUUGUCAGUGAAGCCAGUCUUAAACAAUAACACAGUGUAUACCACAGUAAUGAGUGCUGCACUUCCUGAGAAGUAUCAGACGUGGAUCAGAACUGUGAAGUGAAGAGGUACAAAAUGAAUGAAAAGCCGAAGCUUUCCAAGACUGGCAUAUGCUUUUAAAAGCACUCUCACAAGCAGUACAGUUGUUUUAGCUUAUUAAUUACAUCAAUCAUUCAGGAAAUCAUGGCUUGUUAAUUCUUUUCACUGUUACAGAUGAUACUGUUAGUUAACUCUAAUGGUGGUUUCACUGAUUUUUAUUGUAACUAUAUUGAUGUUCUAGCUUAUGCUGAUGGCUAAAAAUUGCUUUUACAGUUUUUGGAAAGAGUUGUGCAACUUGAAUGUACUUACAUGCUGACUAAUAAAAAACUUUUAUUUUGUGUGGCCUGUAGGUCUGAAUAAAAUAAAAAUAUGAAGCUGGUACCUUAA